AUUUACAGAAAAAUUGUGAAUGUAGUACAGAGAGGCUGUCUCACGCUGGUGCAGUGAAAGGAGAGGCCGCCAUGUCUGCCCACCUGCAACGGGUGCUUGUGGGGAACGGCUCCAGCUUUCUGAUCAAGUGGAACGAACAGAUACACAACACUGAGCCCACUAACCUUAAAGCUCACAGCUCCUUCUGCUACAAUGGGCUGAUUCACUGCAAGACUGUGGGUGUGGGGCUGGGGGCAGAGGGCAAAGGUAUAGUGGUGGUCACAAAGCACAGAACCCUCCAGCAAAAGCCUGCCACCUCCAAUGUGCUGACCACCAUUAGCAAGAAUGCCUGGGCCGCCCUCAGCAGCAUCUGGCCCAUGAUCCACAAGAACAGUUAUGGCCCAGAUCUGUGCAUGCCUGCCAUUCGCAGAGCCAGUGCUAUCCUGUGCAGCCAGAAGCCUGUGACGGUGAAGAGGGGGGGACGGCCUUCCCACCAAGAGCUCCUGAGCACCUGCCCCAGCAAAAAAGAUGUCAGCCACCUAAAAAAAUAUUGCAGAGAGAUUCAUGCAUUUACCCCAUACCCAGAUUCCCUUAUUAUUAAUAUCUUACAUUAGUAUGAUAAAAUUAUCACAUUAGUGAAGCGAUAUUGACAUGUUAGUAACCAAAGUCAAUACUUUCUUCCAGUUUCCAUAACUUUUACCUAAUGUCUUAUCUUUUCUGGGAUCCAAGCCAGAAAAGGAUACUACAUUGCAUUUAGUCAUAAUGUCUCUUUUGGCUCCUUUUGGCUGUAACAGUGUUUUUUGUUGUUUUUGAUGACUUUAAAGUUUUGAAGUGUACUUGUCAGGCAAUUUGUAGAAUCUUCCUUGUGUAGAAUUGAUCUGUUUUCUUCAAUAGAUGCUUUGAUACAUCUAUCACUUUUGAUGUUAACAUCACCUGGCUUAGGCAAUGUUUGUCAGGUUUCUCUACUAUACUGUUACUCUUUUCCCCUCUCUUUUCAUCCUGUUUUGGGUGUUUUGGAAGAAAGUGGCCUUGCACAGCCGUAUUCAAAGAGUAGGGAGUUGUAUUCUAACUCCUUGAGGGUGAAGUAGCUACAUGAAUAAUUUGCAAUUCCUCUGCAUGAACAAUUAUCCCCAUUUAUUUAUUUAUUCAAUCAUUUAUAUAUACCAGUAUGAACCCAUGGAUAUUUAUUUUAUAUUUCAUAUUAUAAUCCAAAUAAUCCUUUAUUUUGUUGCUUAAAUUGUUCCAGACUUGGCCAUUGGGAGCUUCUUCAGUUGGUUCCUGUGUCCCUUUGACUCCUAUCAUUAUCAUUUCCCCCCUUACAUUUUGGCACUGUAUAUUUUUUCUACUUUUUAUUUUGUCCUAAAAUCUUCCAUUUCCCCAAAGAUUCCUUGUUCUGUGUAUUGGAGGGUGAUAUUAGAAAUCAAGAUCUGGGUGCUAGGUUUGUUUGUUUCUACUGCAAUGUCAUUGCUUCCAGGCUUGAUGGAGAAAGGAAAUAUGUAUGUAUAAAACAAAAAAGUAUAGAUACAUAUUUAUAAAUACUUACAUAUGUACCUAUCUAUAUCAAUGUUGAGCUAAACAUGAGUUUGUACUCAUGUGCCCAACUUUGGUGCCAUUACACCAUGAAUCAUUUUACACUUCUUUUGUAGAUUCUUUGGGAUAUCAGACACAACAAUUGUGUCAAAUAAUAGUUUCAUUUCUUCCUUUCCAACAUGUAUAACUUUUAUAUAUUUUUCUUGUUAUGUUGUACUAGCUAGGGCUUCCAUUACGUAUUGAAUAGGAAUGAUGCAAGAAGACAUUCUUGACUUCUUCCCAAUCUUAGCGAGGAAGCAUCCAGCUUCUCUCCAAUAAGUAUGAUGCAGAAUGUAGGUAUUUGUUAGUUGUUCUUUGUCAAGUUGAGAAAGUUUUCUUCUAUUCCUGGUUUUCUGACAGUAUUUUUUAAAAUAUAAUAAAUAAAUGUUAGAUUUUGUCAAAAAAUUUUUUGGCAUUGACUGAUAACAUCACAUGACUUCUUUAGCCUGUUGAUGUGAUAGAUUACAUUAAUUGAUUUUUGAAUGUUGAAUCUUUCUUGCAUACCUGGAAUGAAUUUCACUUGGUUGUAGGUUUUAAUUCUUUUAAAACAUUAGCAAACA